UUCGCGGCCACCGUCGCCGCCGCUCCGGGGCGUAUCGAGUUUCUCCACCCGUCGAACGGGACUUCGCGGCCACCGUCGCCGCCGCUCCGGGGCGUAUCGAGUUUCUCCACCCGUCGAACGGGACUUCGCGGCCACCGUCGCCGCUGACGAGCCGCGAAGGGAAGAUGGCGUAGACCCAAUCUGUUGCCCCAGCCUACGGUCCGGGUCGAGGCUCUUCUAAGCCCAGGGACACCGGCAGCUCGACGAGCCCCGGCACGGCACGAUGUCUUCCCGGAGCCUGCGGAAGUUGCGCGGAGAACGGGUACAGGAGCCGCUGAGUCUCCCCGUGGAGCGGGGGGAGGAGGAAGAGGAGCUGCCGCUGGAGCACGCACCGUUCCGUAAACAGCGGCGGAAAAAGAAGCAGAAAGCGGCGGCUGGCGACUUGUACCGAGCGCUUAGUGAAAUUGAUGUUGAGCAAGAUGAAGCUUUUGAGGAACAUUCAACAGAAGAACCAAAUAAUAUAAACUUGACGGUCGAGGACACUUUGCCUGAGGUAGAUGAUCAAACUGAAGCUACAGAAGAGAAUAAAGAACUAGACAAAACUGAUCAAUUAGAAAAUAAACCUGAUGCCUCACAGCCAAACUCCACCAACAAAUCAAAACGGAAAAAAAAGAAAAAGAAAAGCCGGAAUAGUGGUCCUAAUACCCAGGAAAGUGCUGCUGAUGACAUUGAUAGCAUUCUGCAAGAAAUUCAGGGGCCCAACGAUUUCCAUUACCGAACUCGCAGUGUUAGUGCAGAAACAAGACCACUGUUGUGUGUUGAGCAUAGGAAUCUGAAUCCAGAGACUGAACUGAAGAGAUAUUUUGGGGCCCGAGCAGUGCUUGGAGAACAAAGAUUAAGGCAGCGGCAUCGCCAACUACACAGGAGUACAUGGCUCACAACAGUGAAAGAUGGUUGGCCACGGUUUGUUAAAACAGGAAUUUCUAUGCAAUUGUUGGAGACAAAGGGAGGAGCCCAAUAUUUCACCUUCGAACACAGCCAUGAUUAUCAGCAGACUCAGUUCAAGUUCUUAGAUGCCGUCAAUUCUAUGGAUCCAAAUAACAUUUUGGUUCUGCUCCAGGUCAACCCACAUCAUAUUGACUCAUUAUUGCAAUUGAGUGACAUAUGUCAGAUGCAAGAGGAUCAUGAAAUGGCACGUGACUUAAUAGAAAAAGCACUUUACUGUUUUGAAAGUGCAUUUCACCCUUCAUUUAGCUUGACCAGUGGAAAUAGCCGAUUGGAUUAUCGACGAGCUGAAAAUAGGUCGUUCUUCCUUGCACUAUACAAGCAUAUGAUGUUUUUAGAGAAAAGAGGCUGUCCUCGCACAGCACUGGAGUUUUGUAAACUUAUCCGCAGUCUGGACCCUGAGAGAGAUCCACUAUGUGCUCUGUUGAUGAUCGAUGUACUAGCAUUGCGGGCGCGAGAGUAUGCUUUCCUCAUUCGGCUCUAUGAGGAGUGGGAGUUCCAUUUGAAUCUGUCUCAGCUUCCAAAUUUUGCAUUCUCCAUUCCACUGGCCUAUUAUCAUCUUAGUCAACAGGAAGAUCUUUCAGACAUGGAGUCUGCUCAAAAGCUGGAACGAGCUAAGCAUCUGAUGCAAAAGGCUCUCAUUGUGUUUCCAAGUGUACUGAUGCCGUUACUGGAGAAGUGCAGUGUGCAGCCAGACCAGGCUGUGCUGGCUCAUAGAUUUUUUGGAUUUGACGUACAAACAAGGCAACCAAGUGCACUGAAGCAGUUGGUAACACUCUUUGUUGGAAGAAAUUGGAUGCUCUGGAAAGACGCAGGAAUCAUGGCAUGGCUGGAAGAGAAUGUGAAAGAAGUUUUAAGAAGAGUAGAUGCAAAAGAUCCUCUUGUACAAGAGUCUGAGAACAAGAGAAGAAUUAGAUACCAGAAUGUACCCAGGAACAUCUAUCGUCACAUUAUUCUAUCUGAAAUAAAGGAGGCUAUUGCGACCCUUCCACCUGAAGUAACUGCUCAACCAGUGAUGGGUUAUGAUCCACUUCCUCCAUUAGAUGGCAUUAUCACAUAUACCAGACCUGAAAGGGUAAAUCAAGCAACAGAUGAAAAUACUCUAUCCCUGUUCUUUCGUUCUUUGUUGCCAAAUUUUAAUCUUCAGGAGGACAGAAGGCAGCAAGUGGAAGGUGAGGGUGCAGAAGUCCAACACGAACUGAAUCAGGGAGUAAAUCGUCUCAUGGCUGCAAUGAGAGAUAUGCUGGCAAAUAUCCGAUUUCAGGAACCACCGCAGGAGGAACAUCAAGAUGGUGAUGGAGAAUGGGACUGAAAUUCCAUGUAUUAAAUCUUUAGUGAACUUUAACCUGCAAUGCUAACAAUAGCACAUUCUAUGACUGCUAACAAAGAUUCAUCACCAUUGAUAUAGACAUUCUUAUUAAAAGAUGAAGCAAAUAUACUUAGUUUUACGAAUAUUAUUGAUAGUACUUUUCAGUGCUAACUCUGUUCAAUUUCAAUAAAUUUCAGAGGAGAGAAAAAAAUACAUGGCAACUUUUUUUAAAAAUUGAGAAAAUUAGACUUCUAGUUUGAAAAGAAUUUAGUAAGUAAUCAGGGUUUUUAAGAUCAUCUUCAUUGAGGAGAGUUCAUGAAAUUGCUUAAAAUUUCAGGUGAUAAGAAUAGUUGAUUUUUUUGUACUAAUUGCAGUCCUAUAUGCACAUGGAAAUAAGUAAAAUUAAGUAAAUAGUCUAAAAUUUACUUAAGUGCUGUAAAAUAAGAAAGAAUGCCGUUAAUAUAAGAGUUCAUAGGUUGGAUUUGCAGAAGCAAAUAACUGUCUGAUUUGCCUAGGUAUGUAUUUAAACAUUUCCAUUUACUGCAAAGGUAGUGUUGUACCUCUGCAUGCAAGAUUUAGGGAAAAGCGGAAUUACAGAUAUUUCAGUAAGUUUGUAGAAUGAUCGUGAACUGUUGGUAUGCGGGGCUUUAUCGGAGCUUGCGAUGUGAAUGUGAUGGAAGAAUACACUAAAGAAGCUGAAUCUAUUGGUGCAAGACCAGGAAAAUUAGCAGUUAACAACUACAUUUGAGGCCUCUUGUUUUCACAGAUUCACCCUACUGAUUUUAUAAAACAGACUCUAUAAUUCAAAUUGCAUUUCAAAUACACAAUUUUAAAUAUUGACAAUAUUCACGUUACCAGAAAAAAAAGUCAUCAGCAUAGAUAGCUUUAACUGAGCACUCUGCCGAAAAAGUGAAGCCAUAUUUACUAUAUAUAAACAGCUAUUCCAAAUUGGAAACCGGUACAACUAUUUUUGUAUAUUUCAAAUUUGAAGUAAUUUUUGGAAAUGAAAACCUGAAUAAGAGGAGACAUUCAAAUUUUUUUCUUGGCUUUCAUCUUCCUUUAUUAUCGCCAAGUAUGAAGACACAUACAGGGAAUUUGACGUCUUGCAACACACUAAUUGCUUUAGCAUCUUGCAAUGUAUUGUAUCACUGUUACUCUCACUGAUUCUGAAGUAUUUGAGUGCUACUAAAUUGAAAUGCACAAGAGACGCACAGAUCUUUUUAUAUAUACAUGAAACUUCUUUCCAAUUCCUGAAACAAAAAUAUCAUAAUGUGUGCAGCUGGCAAUGACAUUGUUAACAUUAAAAAAAAGCAUUUUGGCUGUUAGAUUUUCUACAUUGCAUGUCAUAAUGGAGGAAUUCUGAUAGCAACUUCUAGAAUACAUGCACAAUUCAAUACAGAAGUAAAGUAGCCAUUGAUAAUUUCCUGCUACCCCUCAGGUCUGCUAACUUGUAACCUUCUGCAGUGUAAUUUGCAAACCACAGUGAACUAAUAAUAACUUCAGGUAUAAUGUCAUAGAUUUGCACAUUUUACACUAAUUCUACCCUUCCCCCUCCCCCUGCAUUCCCAUCAAAUCCCCACAGAUUCUACUGUCAAUUACAGAAACAAUUUACAAUGCCCACUUAGAAUACUGACCCACAGUAUCUCAUUAAUCCAGUUGUGACCAAACUAGUGUGGGCUUUCUCUAAUUAAUCUAUUUCACUAAGUGACUGCUAAUUUUGCUCUUCAUGAUUGUUUCAAGACAAACCUCACUACUAAAGUGAAAUUGACUGGUAUGCAUUUACUGGGUUUAUCUUUGUACUGUCUUUUGAACAAGUGUGUAACAUUAUCUACUUUACAGACCCUGACUACCAUCUGUAAAUGCUUAGAUGAUAAUUUUCAGUGCUACUGGAACAUACUCAAGAACACAGAAUGCAUCAUUCCAAUAUAGCUAACCUUUCGUGUACCUUCUCUUUAUGAAUUUUUAGCCCAUCGGUAAUCUUAACUACAUUUUAUUUUGGUGAGACUCCAGAAGCAUUUUCUUCCUUGGCAAAAACUGGUGCAGGAUAUUUAAGUUCUGUCUUCCUGAUUAAUAACCUACACUCUAAUUUGUAGUCUGUGAUUGCCUUUGCUAUACUUCUUGCAACCUUUCUUUUCCUGUUCACGUGACUAUGGAAUAUUUUUAAAUUCCCUUAUUUUCUUUGCUGUAGGUUUCUUCUCAUACUUUCUCUUUGUCUUUAUUUCCUUACUUUGCUUAUCAGAACUGUGUGUAAACAACCUAGUUUUCACUGAUGUUAACAACUUAACCUUUGUCAUUUGAUUUCUUUUAUUUUGCUGGAUUUUAUUCUCAAUCAUUUUGAUCAUCCAGGGACCAGAUAUUUUUAAUGCCCCUUCAUUGCUACCUUGAACGGAUACACUCAGACCUUAUCUGAAAGCUCUCCAUCUUCAAAGACUUGCAAUUGACAGUUUUAUUUGGCAAGUUAAAUUCCAACUUUCCUAUACCAAUUUUGUUCUCAAUAUGUUGUACAUCAAUGAUUUAGAUAAUGGAAUAGAUGGCUUUGUUGCCAAGUUUGCAGAUGAUAUGAAGAUUGGUGGAGAGGCAGGUAGUGUUGAGGAAACAGGAGGGCUGCAGAAGGACAUAGACAGAUUAGGGGAAUGGGCAAGAAAGUGGCAAAGUUUUAAAAUGCAUGGUAAUGCACUUUAGUAAUAGAAAUAAAUGUGCUGACUAUUUUCUAACUGGGCAGAAAAUCCAAAAAUCUGAGAUACAAAGGGACUUGGGAGUACAAGAGCAGGGAUGUGAUGCUGAGGCUUUAUAAGGCACUGGUGAGGCCUCACCUUGAGUAUUGUGAACAGUUUUGGGCUGCUCAUCUAAGAAAAGAUGUGCUGGCAGUGGAGAGGGUUCAGAGGCUGUUCUCAAGUUCUGGGAAUGAAAGCGUUAUCAUAUGAGGAAUGUUUGAUGGCUCUCAGUUUGUACUCACUGGAAUUUAGAAAGAUGGGGGUGGGGGGGGAUCUCAUUGAAUGUUGAAAGGCCUAGACAGAGUAGCUGUGGAAAGGAUGUUUUCCAUGGUGGGGGUCUUGGACAAGGAGGCACAGCCUCAAGAUAGAGGGGUAUCCACUUAAAAUAGAUGCAAAGAAAUUUCUUUAGCUAGAGGGUGGAGAGUUUGUUACCACAGGCAUCUGUGGAGGCCAGGUCAUUGGGUGUAUUUAAGGCAGAGAUUGAUAGGUUCUUGAUUGGGCAUAUUAAAGGUUACAGGGAGAAGGACAAGGAAUGGGGUUGAGGAGGGGGGGGGGAUAAAAGAAUGUGCUAUGAUUCAGUGACGGAGCAGAGUUGAAGGCCCAAAUGGCCUAAUUCUGCUUCUAUGUCUUAUAUUCAAACAAACCUUUCUCUAAUUUAAAUUUAUAUACCUUGGCAUAAUCUGUAUCCUCUUCUAUAGCUAUCUUAAACAUCGUAUUAUGAUCAUGUUUUCAGGAUAUUCCCUACAGACAUUUGCUCCAUUUCACUUGGUUAAUUUCCCUUUUAAAAAAAACUUUCACUUGCUCUCCUUUCUCUCUUGUAUUUCCUGAACAUCUUGUAUCAAGGAAUAUUGAGAACUAAUUCCUUUUUAUUUUAAUUGCUACCAUAGUAUUCUCUUCUGCCAUUAGGAGCCAUGGGGUUUCUCUUUAUAUGACUUUUAUUGGAGAAUUGUUCAAAAAAAGUUACCAUACAUCAUACUCUGAAUUACUGUGCAUAAACCUUUAAAAUAAAUUACUGAAUUAUAUCUCAUCUCCUUACUCAUUUAAAUAACAAUACUUUACAUGGCAGUUCUACAUUAUGAAAUUAAGUGGUAUUUAUUAAUUAAAAUACAGCAAAAUAAAUUAUUUUAAUGUCUAUGCUCAUUAGAAUUGUGUACAAAUUUUUUUAGAGAUUUCUGCUAUUCAGCCUACAACUGCUCUGCCCUUAUAUAUAAUUUUUUUAAAUAGUUUUCACUCAUUUUGCACAUCACUUGAAAUAAAAUUAUUCUUUGUGUUAUUGUCAUAAAAUCAAAUUGCUAAAAUUCUUAGAACUUUUUGCCUGUUGCAUGUGUAUUGCGGAUGUUUGAAUAGAUGUAGUACUGUAGUAAUCCCAAAUGGUUAAUUGCAUUGUAACUCAACCGGCCUGUUGAGUGUACUUCUUGAGUUUACCAAGUAUCUACUUUAGACCUUGGACUCCUUGGGUCUGGUCCUGUCUUUAAAAAAAAACUCCUUGUUUCUUUUGGUAUUAUUUAUUUCUUGAUCUUUCUAUUAUGUUUUUGAGGUCAUUUGUAAGCAGCAACAAUUUAGUGGUGAUUACAAAAUUUAAAGAGGAAUAUAGACCAGAUUUGUACUAAGGGUAGUUGGAACUUGUGCCAUCUGUUCUCUCUGUUUGUAUUUUAAUACCAAACUAUGCCUGGAUUGCAAGGAAAAUGUUAUUCCCCUGGGCUUGGUAUGAAUAAAAGGUAAGAUGCUUGAGGAAAUUUAGGCAUCUGUUAUUUAAUCAGUUAGAAAAGGUAAUACAGGUCCACAAUCCCUUAUCCAACAUCCUUGGGGCCAGUUGCAUUUUGGAAUUAAGAAUUUUUCGGAGUUUAGAAUCCCUCCUUAUUGGUUCUGGGACCCCCUGCAGAUACCAAAAAACACGUAUGCUCAAGUCCCUUAUUUAACCUGUCUUGGUGCGGGUGGACUUUAGGACCCGGUGAAGCUCCAGACCUAUGCACAUCCUCCCAUAUACUUUAAAUCAUCUCUAGAUUACUUAUAAUACCUAAUACAAUGUAAA